AUGUUCUAUAAAAAUUAUAUAUUAAGCACUUUUUUCGCGUCUCGUCCGCGUAAGCUGUCUAGCGCGUCUUUGCUUGCCUUUAGAAAUAGCAAAUUACACGCUUACAGCUCGAGUUUGGCAGAACAAGAGAACGAAUUAUAUAACAGUAUGGACCAUUUACGCCCAUAUCAAAGAGAAUGUAUUGAAACAUGCCUACAUAAAUUUCUUAAAGAAAAAGUAAACCGUCAAAUUGUGUCAUUACCUGUAGGAAGUGGCAAAACGGUCAUAUUUUCAAAUUUAAUUCAUCGAAUUCCAUCUCCUAUGCACGGAGCAGAAAAAAUUCUUGUACUUGCUCAUAGAGAAGAGCUUCUCGAUCAGGCAUAUAAACAAAUCAAAAAAUAUUCGAAUUUGACUGCAGAAAUAGAUCAAGGAGAAAGAACCGCAACUGGGAAUGCAAAUGUUGUUAUUGGAAGUGUUCAAACAUUAGGAAGGACAGGAUCCGCUCGCAUAGAAAAAUAUGAUCCAUCCCAAUUUAAAGCAAUUGUAAUUGAUGAAGCACACCAUGCCGCAGCAUCGACUUACCUUCGAAGAUAUGAUGGACUGGCGCUUGAUGGCAUUUUUGACGAGAUUACUUACCACAAAGACUUCUUAGAGAUGAUCAAGGAGAAAUGGUUAUGCAAUCUCCGAGUAACAACAAUUAGAACAGGAACUGAUUUAUCUCGAGUAAAAAGUAAUGCUAUCGAUUUCGUACCGACAAUUCUUUCUAAAUUGGUUAAUGUUAAAAAUCGUAAUGAAAUUAUAGUACGAACAUACCUUAAAUUUGCUGAAAAUAGAAAAUCUACGUUAGUAUUUGGAGUAGAUAUUGACCACGUGGAAAAUCUAACGGAAACGUUUCGAGAAUAUGGAAUUAACGCUUAUGGUAUAACCAGCAAAACAAAAGCAUAUCAACGUGCAGAAAUUCUGAACAAUUUUAGAGCAAAAUUGUUUCCGGUUUUAGUUAACUGCGGUAUUUUAACCGAAGGCAUGGACGUCCCUACCAUUGAUUGUGUUAUAAUGAGCAGACCAACGAAAUCACAUGUACUCUUUCAACAAAUGAUUGGGCGUGGAAUGCGUACUGCAGAAGACAAAGAGGACUGUUUAGUUUUGGAUUUUAUUGAUUCUUAUUAUAAAAUUCCGGAUCUAAUUACCGCUCCUACGUUAUUUGGGUUGGACCCUACCACAGAAUUGAACGAUUAUAUUCCUUCAAUUGGUGAGAAUAAAGAAAACAUCAAAGUGGAGCAAAAGACUCGAGAAUAUGUAGUAGACAUAACAAAAAUCAAAAUUACAGAAUAUAACAAUCCAUUUGAAAUUAUUGAGGAUUGUUCUGGUGCUACAUUUAUAGGCACCAUUUCGGACUUUGCGUGGCUUAGAGUCAGCCAUGACAUAUAUGUGCUACCAUUGUACGAAGUCGGUACACUAAGAGUAGAAAAAGAUAUUCAAGGAGUUUAUCAUGUUAAGUUACGUAAGAAGCAAAAUAGAUUUAUAAAUAAUACUAGCGUGUGCGUUCAUGUUCUAGAAGAUUUGCCCAUACGUAGCGAUUCAUUGGAAUCCGUUAUACAUGUAUGUGAUCAAUGGGUUAUUCGGACUUCAAAUAAAAGGGGUAGGCACAUUCGUGACAUUGCAUUACGUUAUGCCAAAUGGCGUCGAGAACCUAUAACACAACAACAGAUACAAUGGUUAAAAAAGAAAAAAGUAUCGUUAAAUGAUGAUGCAAUCAAGUCUAUUAACAGAGGUCAGGCAACAAAUUUAGUGGCACGAAUAAUUGAAGGAGCACAGAAAAACUGGCGUUUGAUCUUGAAUGAAAGAGCUGCUAAAGAAAAAAUUCGUUUGAAAAAAGAAGCACAGAAGGUACGUGUAGGAUCUUUAAAACGUCCAUUGGACUAA